AUACAAAAGGUGCAGGGAGGGAGACCGCAUACUUAAACUGAUGAUUUUGCUGUGCAUCUGAUUUCUCUGAAACACAGAAAACGUGUAGACCAUCUUGAUUUUCUGUCACUCAGUUAUGAAAAUGUCCCUGUGUCUCCAGUUCAAGAGUACUGUGGCAUUUUUGUUCAUCCUGGAUUUUCAGCAAGCUGGGAUAAAGGCAAUACCCCCUCCACCUAUUGAUGGAGCCGACUGUUCAGAAAUAUUUGCUAAAAACCAAUCAUCCAGAAGUCAGGUGUAUUACAUCAGACCUUCUGAACCGCAUGGACCUUUUUGGGCAUACUGUGAAAUGCAAGAUGGAGGAUGGACUGUAAUUCAGCGACGGAAUGGGAAAGGCGCUGAUGGAACCCCUGUGAAUUUUGCAAGAAAUUGGGCUGAUUACAAAAGAGGAUUUGGAACUGCAAAGUAUGAACACUGGCUGGGACUUGAACAAAUGCAUUUAUUGAGCAACCAGGUUGGCAAAACAUGCCAGCUCAAAAUAGACAUGGUCAACUGCAAUGAAGAGGAGGGCUAUGCCUUCUAUGACAGCUUUAGAAUCGGCAGUGAACAGGAACUUUAUAGCAUUCAUUUGGGAUCCUACACAGGAAAUACAGGAGAUGCAUUUCGAGGAACAUACUACUCCAGGGAUCAAAAUCAUCAUCCAUUCAGCACCUAUGACAGUGACAAUGAUGACUGUUAUCCAUGCAUCAGAGGAGAUAUAGCAUUUAAUAGCUGUGCCAAUGAACAAUAUUCUGCAUGGUGGUUCAGUGAUUGUGGCAUGGUGGAUUUAAAUGGGAUGUGGCACCCCAAAACUGAUUGUACUGGUUGGGCAUCUGGAGUGUACUGGAAAACAUGGCAGAGCUAUACUUCAUUGUUGUCUGCUGUGCUCAAAGUCAGAUGCAAAUAAAAAGCAAAUAGAAUGGCAAAUACAUUUGUAGCCAUUUCAAAUCUAUAAAGCCUUAUGAAUCUUAAGAAAAGGAUAUACAAUGUAAUAAACCUAAGAUAUCUACUAAGGAAUCUCUCUCUCUCUCUCUCU